AUGAAUGUUGGUGAGGAAAUACCAGCUAGAUGUCUUGGUGAAACAGGAGCUCUCAGCUUCAAGAAACCUACGGAACAAGAUUUUAGAGAUACACAAGAACUAGAGGCUAGCCUUGCUCAACUUAAUAUUUUUGAAACUCAAGAGGAGAUAUCACAGAGACGUGAAGCUCUCGUUAGGUUGCAGGAAAUUUCAAAUGCAUGGAUUCGUCAAAAAGCAUUGGAACAAAAUCUCCCCGCACAUGUCGCUAAUUCUACAACUGGGAAAAUUUUCACUUUUGGUUCAUAUCGUUUAGGUGUCAAUUUCAGGGGUGCCGAUAUUGAUUCUUUACUGGUUGUCCCACGGUUUAUAACACGCGAGGAGUUUUUCAGUGAUUUUCAGACUGUAUUAGCGGAAAAUUCUAAUGUGGAAGAUUUACACGCUGUUGUGGAUGCCUUUGUUCCUGUACUUAAAAUGAAAUUUAUGGGAGUUGAAAUCGACCUUUUAUUUGCUCAAAUUGAUCAAAUGUCUAUACCGGAAAACUUCAGUCUUUGUGAAAACACAGAGGUGCUCAUGCGAAAUAUGGAUGAACGAGAUGUGCGCAGUAUUAAUGGUGUUCGUGUUACAGAAGACAUUCUCAAUCUUGUGUACAAUAAAAAUUCUUUUAAAGUAGCCUUAAAGGUUAUACGAAUCUGGGCUAAGCGUCGGAAUGUCUAUUCAAAUGCAUUGGGGUUCCUCGGUGGCGUGUCUUGGGCAAUUUUAGUUUCUCGAAUUUGCCAACUUUAUCCUCAAUGGCCUUGGCCGAAACCUGUUAGGUUGCGGGAGUGUGAGUAUAUUGCAAGUUUGUGCUUACCUGUCUGGGAUCCGAGACUUAAUCCUUCUGAUCAAUAUCACUUGAUGCCUAUAUUGACUCCAAGUUACCCAUCCCAAAAUUCAACGUACAAUGUACAGCGAAGUAAUCGCAUUAUUAUUGAAAGGGAAUUAAAACAAGGUUUGAAUGUUGUCAGGGCUUCAAUGAUGCACAAGGGUUCCUGGUCAAACCUAUUUGAAGCCGCCUUUUUCUUUCAAUAUCGACACUAUGUUGUUGUCAUCGUCGUUGGGAAUACUAAACACACUUUCAUCGAAUUAUGUGGUUUGGUGGAAUCCAGAUUGCGUGUUCUUGUUAGCAAUUUCGAGGUAAACCGUUAUGUCAAAAUGGCACAUGUAAACUGUCAUGCCUACGGAAAAGGUCCUAAUGAUGAUGAUGCUAAUUUUGUUCGUAAAUGGUUCAUUGGGAUGGAAUUCGAUCGCAAUACUAAUUCUUUGACCAGUACUGUUCAUAAUUCAAAUGUCUCUACUGAUAAACCUACCCUGAACGUAGACUUGAGUGAGAAUAUCAGCUCUUUUGAAAAAUCAAUUGAACGUGGUCUUUCAAGUGAAGACUUAUCAGUAACCGUUAAAUAUGUCAAAAAGUCACAGUUAGCUCAGUUCAUUUCUGCAGAAGAUAUGGAUGAAAUUAAACGUCAAGCUGCUUCUGCCGCUUUAUCAAAUGUAAAUAAUCCUACUGAAAAUCUAAAAAGUGGCCGUUUACUUUCGAACAGAAACGCAUUGAACUCAAUAUCCAGUCCAGCCAGCAGUGUUGAACUCUCUGGAUCUGAGGAAGUCUCGUCCCCUGCAAAUAGUCUUCAUAAUUCCAUUUCUACAAGUUCUCUGACCAACAUGGCUACCAUAAACUCAUCACCAAAAUGUCCUCCUCCAUCUCCGAAAUUAAUAUCCUCUGGGGUAUGUGGUGCUGUAGCAUCCGACAUUCAACUAAAUGAAUCAUCACUUACCUUAGAUAAUCACAAACAUGAUCCCAUGAAGGAUACACCUUUAUUGUCUUCAGAUCAUUCCUUGUGCAAUAAUACACUCAAUACAGUCGAUUCUACUGGUAGACUUACAUCAAAACGUGUUGGAUUGGUUGAUUCCAGCCUUGAACUUUCCUCCGAUAAUCAUCCAAAUUCUAGGAGUAAUGCUGACUCACAAUUGCAUGGUUCGGAAGAUUUUAGGAAGCGUGCCCGUAUAUCUUCGGAAAAUUCACGACCUGUUGUUUUUACUUCAUCUGCCCAGUAA